CCUGCACCUGCAGGUUGCGUUCAUCAUCCUCUGCAAAACAUUCUUCCAUCUUUCCCAUACAUACCCUCGAGCAACCGAAGAUGCCGCUGAAGCUGUUGGACGCCACUGUGUCAAGCUUUGAUAGCGUGUUUGAGAAGUUCAGAUCAGAAGCACCCCAAAACAAAGCCAAUCUGAUUCUCUUCUUGGCUGACAAAGACCCUUCUACCUCCCUCAGCUGGUGCCCUGAUUGUGUAAGAGCUGAGCCUGUAAUCUACAAGAAGCUGGAGGCAACAGCAGAUGAUGUUGUGCUUUUGAGAGCUUUUGUUGGAGAUAGGCCAACAUGGAGGAAUCCCCAGCAUCCAUGGAGAGUAGACUCAAGGUUUAAGCUCACAGGAGUUCCAACACUAGUCCGCUGGGAAAACGACACCAUCCGUGGCCGCCUUGCAGACCAUGAAGCACACAUUGAAAAUAAAAUCAGUGCCCUUGUUGCUGGCAACUGACUGUUUAUUGCUUCCCAUAUGUAUAAGAUGGUUGUGACUUCCAUAUGUUCUUGGGGCCAUCUUUUUUAAACUAUUGGUAGUUUAUUAUGUAUCCUUGUAAGGCCGGUUACCAGUCAAUGAAAUAAAGUUUUCAUGCAA